UGGAUAGGACCGAGAUGAGUGAGAGGGUGGUGCAUGCUGGGCCCCGGAGCACAAACUGGAGGAGGGUGUAGUAGCAUGUGCGGGUGCCUGAGCCGGGGGAGGGGACGCGCGCUCCUGCUGCACUGGCCUCGGGAGUUGGGGGGCGAGCUCCUUGGUGACGCGAGGCCCUCACGUGACCGGGAGCUGCAGAGGGACGCAGCCUCCGGUGCAGUCGUCACUCCCUUCUGGGUACCAGCUCCCGCUGCCCUGCGCCGGCGGGCUGGCAUCGGGCCCAGGGACAGCGGAGCAGGUCCUCGGGUCCCAGUGCCGCGGCCGCGCUCUCCAGGCGAGAAUCGGGAGGAGGAGCCGACCGCAAGGAUAGGCCCAGAUAUCCACCACGAAAACGAAGAAAUGGAGCAGCCCGUGCAGAAUGGAGAGGAAGACCGCCCUUUGGGAGGGGGUGAAGGCCACCAGCCAGCAGGAAAUAAUAGACGGGGUCAGGCCCGCCGACUGGCCCCUAACUUCCGAUGGGCCAUACCCAAUAGGCAGGUCAAUGAUGGGAUGGGCGGAGAUGGAGAUGAUAUGGAAAUGUUCAUGGAGGAGAUGAGAGAAAUCAGGAGAAAACUUAGGGAGCUGCAAUUAAGGAAUUGCCUGCGUAUCCUUAUGGGGGAGCUCUCUAAUCACCAUGACCAUCAUGAUGAAUUUUGCCUUAUGCCUUGAUUCCUGCCAUUUUCUAUGAGAUUAAUACUGUGAUUCCCACUGUUGUUUUCUUUUUCCUUGCGUUUUCUGAUAUGCUUUUACUGAUCUGUUUGCUAUGAACCUUAUGUAAUUUCCAUGUGUCAGGUGGGUUCUGUGUUACCAGCUUCUAAUUGGAGAUUGCCUUGGCACACAGUCUUAAGUUUCUGUCAACAGUAGUUUCACCCAUUUGCAUGGAAAAAUGUAAAGUUAAUAAAGCAAUUUAAAAGCAA